AAAUAUAUAAUUCAAUAAUGUUAUGAUAUCACAUGUACUAAAUCGCUCGGUGUAAAUUUCGUGACCGGUGUUCUUGAGCCCUCUGCCGUUCACCGACUGCCACAUCCAAUCCGGUUACCCGCUCUGCUUAGCGUUGAUAUGGAUCCGCCAGUUGUGACAGCACUGACAAGAUGGUGGAUAGUACAGGAGGAAAGGGAAAACAUAGCUCAUAUGUAUAGUUGUCAGCGGGUAAAUGGCCUAAGGAUUUUAAGCUAGCCAACGAUUGCAAGACCGGAUCYUAUCUAUUGAAUGGCUUUAUGUUUGCGAGACGCAGGACAAAUAUGCUCUUAUCUGGCUGCGUUGAAAGUCUGACCGUGCGGUUGGAUGAAGGACUAGGAGGCUACAGGAGCUAACGAAGUGACAGCGAGUAGUUCGAUAGCUAACCAGUCAUAUUAGAUCGUGAAUGUUUUGCGGUCAAAAUAACUUGAAACCGUUCGCUAGUACGGUCCAGCUAACAUUGUCAGCUAGCUAUUUGUAUUCAUGUUGAUUUGUUGUCACUGUGCCGCUAGCUAGCUAGCUAGUUAGGGUACGAUGCUAACGACAAAGCUAACUAGCCAGUUAGCAAGCUAGCUAAUUUUCUCAAGUAAAUAUUCCUUGGAUGAUUUGCUAGUAAACGAUAGUUAUGUUAACAUAGGACAACGAUCGAUGAACUAGCUUGCUAUUACCACAAGGUUUUCGUGGCCGAGUCGACAUGUUUUAACUUUGUAGCGAGCUUGUUCGGGAAGGAUUCACAGGACGCAAGACGCCAUCCCCCCUCAGACCGACGCAAACCUGCUGCGUUGUGUAUUCUGGGUUGUGACCAGCUGAAGCUAGUUAGCUGUUAUAGCUGGUCAGACUGUCGACAGGCGACAUGGCUCACUCUCCGGUUCAGAGUAGCCUGCCAGGGAUGCAGAACCUGAAAGCAGACCCAGAGGAGCUGUUCACUAAGUUGGAGAGGAUCGGUAAAGGCUCGUUUGGGGAGGUGUUUAAAGGAAUAGACAAGAGGACUCAGAAGGUGGUGGCCAUUAAGAUCAUUGACCUGGAGGAGGCUGAGGAUGAGAUGGAGGACAUCCAGCAAGAGAUCACUGUGUUGAGUCAGUGUGACAGCCCCUUCAUCACCAAGUACUACGGAUCAUACCUGAAGGAGGCCAAGCUGUGGAUCAUUAUGGAGUAUCUAGGGGGAGGCUCAGCAUUAGAUCUGUUGGAGCCGGGGUUGCUGGAUGAGACUCAGAUCGCUACCAUCCUCAGAGAGAUUCUGAAGGGUCUGGAAUACCUCCCCUCAGAGAAGAAGAUACACAGAGAUAUCAAAG